AGCAUUGCGAGAAUCAAAGUACCGCGAUUGCAGACUGAAUCUCGUGAUACUUUAGACUGUAGCCUAUCUUUAGGCGCGCCAAAAUUCAAACAGUCAAAAGACCGCCAAAUACCGGUACGCUCAUUCAGUAUAGAUAGACCAACGGAUCAAGAAUGUUCGCCCUUGUUGAGUGGAAAGAUGAGACUGAAAAGGAAAGCUGGAGCAUUGUUCCAACGUCACAUAUAAAAAAUUUCACUUGUAAUGAUUUUUUAGACGGACUUGAUGAAAGUUCUGUUCAUAUAAUUGAGUGGAGAGGUGGACUGAAAAAAAAACCUAAAGGCGGAUGGCCUUUGUACGAGGCAACGGUGCACAAAGUUGCAGAGAGACAGUCCACCCUAGAAAAACUACAACACGAGAGGACACAACACCAGUCCAGUUCAAAACCUCUUACCAAACGAAAAUGCAAGACAAAUCCUAAGUUUGUUGAAGAGGAGACCAGUGAUCAUGGACCAUCUAGCCCUAAAAAGCGGCAAACUGAUGGAAAUUUGGACAGGGAGAUUUUGGAAAAAAUUAAAUUACACCAUGGACCUCGAUUAUCUUCUGCCACAAAUUCAGUUGCUUCACCUACCUCACCAUCUUCUGCCUUGCCGCAUUCUCCACCACCGGUUUCUAACUGUCCACCAGCAUCACCCUCAGCUCCACCUGCCUCAUCAUCACCUGGUUCACUUUCACUUACCUCACCUUCUCCUGAUCCUCGAUCCAUCGUUGCACAAUUAAAGGCAGAGAAUGAAGCCCUCAAAAUUGAAUUAGAAAACAUUAAAACAAAUGUUGUCAGUCAAAUGCCAAAACUUCUUAUGACGAUGGGCAAGCUGGAAAAAUGGCUUGACGAGAAAGAGCAGACCCCACAGGAACUGCUAUCACCUUCCAGCAUACAGGAAACUCUUGAAAUUCACCCGGGCUCAGGAGUUUAUGUUCCCAAAAACGUGUUGUGGUCAGCUAGCCAUGCAAACACCCCCACUACUAUGGCACGGAUGCUCUUACUGGGAGUGUUUGAUAUCGAAACCCUUUUAAAGAGCAAUCUUAGAGGUGGCAAGUCCAAAAAUGUGAGCCCUGGGGAAACCAAAGAGCCAUUGGACAGGAUAAAGAUUGAUGCAAUAAUGAGUAUGUAUAUUACUUGGUUAAUUGGGCCUGAAUUGUGUAAAACCAAAUGUGACCGUCAAACCAUCAGAAUUGAUCAGUUUCAGUGUGAUGACACUUGCACUGGGUUCUCAAUAAUUCUUAAAUUUCAGUAACACAAGUUUAUCUACCAACAAUUUAAGUUAAUUUAGUGUUUUAGGUUAUUAUAAUUUGGCUGUUCUUAGAUAAAUGUUAUAAAACUAAAUG